AUGGAUGAUGUUUUGAAUGAAAACAAAAGAGUUGUAGCUGAAAGCAAAAGAGUUUCUGAUCGUGAAAACAUUCUCGAAUUGCGUGUAAAGAAGUUAGAAUCUGAAAACAAGUCACUCCUGAAGAAAAUUGAUGCAGAUCAGGCAGAAAUUGAUAUAUUGAAAGUAGGGGUGGCAGAGUUAGAGGAGGAAAAGACAUGCCAAGAUCAGCAAAACAAAUAUUUUGAAUUAAAGAACAAAGAACUUGAGGCUGCGAAAGCAUUGAAAGAGCACGAAUUCUAUAUGAUGAACAAAGUAAUGGAGAGUAUGCUCGGGAAGUCGAUAGAGCAAAGAUUUGAAGAGAUUCAAGUUGAAGAGGUAAGGGCUAAACGCCAAGCUGAAAUCGAAGCUCUAAUGAAAGAUAAAGGCAAGAAUGCUGAGAGCAGUGUUGCAGUGCCUGAAAGAUCAAUCGUUCCUUCUUUAGUUGUUGAAAAUCAUGUUCCUAUAUCUUCUAUCUCUGGUAUUUUUGAGGUAGAUGUAUCUCUUGAAGAUCUUGCUGGUAAUGAUGAUGAAGAAGAUGAUGAGGAUGAUGAUGAUGAAGGGGGUGAUGACGAAGAAGAUAACGAUGAUGAAAAAUUUUUCUCUGCGAGUAGUCAUGGUUCUGAUGAUGACAAUGACGACGAUGAUAAUCAGGGAGGUACUGGUAUUACAGUGACUGAAGCUUCAAAUGAGCAAAACGUUGAUGAUUUAAUGAAAGAUGAUGCGAAUGAAGAAACAGAGGGAGUUGAUGGAAAGGGGGAGCAUGGUGAUGAUCAAAACGUUGAUCAAGUUGAGAAGUUGAUUCUUCGAAUUGAACCGCAUGUUGAAGAAGGUGAGAUCAGGCAUACUUACACAUUGGAUGAAGUCCUGAAGAUGUUCAAUGUGAAUGAAAAUGAAUUGAAUUUUGAUUUCGAAGAAGAGCUGAAUGCUUUCGACAUCAACCAUCAACCAGAAUAUGAAUACAAGUAUGUUAAGGAUGCAGAUAUGUAUGACAGGGUUGAGGUUGAAGAUUGUUCCGAUGAAGAAGGUAUUACUGAAGAUACCUCUGAUCUUCCAACGUUGAUGGAGUUCUUCACUGAAGAGAAUCAUGAUGAACUUAGAAGGAAAGUUGCUGAGAUCCUUAAAGAUAAAAACUUUGACGGUACCACAAAAGAUCCACUAAAAGAAGGACGCAAGAAAAGGUUUAAGGAAAGCAAUGAACGUAAAUUCAAGCGUCCGUUGAAGUAUUAUCAGAGAGACAGAAGUAUUUCUCAGGAGAAUAUCAUAAGCUGGGGUUUUCUACCUCAAGUUGAGGCUUAUGCGAUCAGAAGAGAGUGUGGCGUUCAAUACUUUGAAAAGUUACAUGAUGUUAUGUCUUUGCCAUAG